UACACGUGCGCUUAUGAUGUGUGUGCCAUGUCAUGUAUACGUACUUACGCGCGUGAAAAAGCGUGAUUCGAACCUAACAAAGAAACUCAUAACAUAAUUAAAACGGGAUGAUUGUGUAGCAUCAGAAACAUUACAAAUUAAAUUUUUAUCAAGACGUAAUAUUAUAUUCGACAAACAAAUUAUAGUUUUAUAGAAUAUUUCUAACAUACGUAUUUAAAUUUUUCGCUAAGGAUUCUAUAUUAUUUCAUUUGACAGUUUGAUGUCUGUCGAUAGUUAAUAUUUUUACAUUUCUAAAAGACUGCUGUUGUACAAUAAUUUUUUAGUUUAUCAUUGAAAAUUGUUGUCAUGGAGACUGGAUUUUUAAAUUUUCACGAUGAAGAACAAUUUUCAGACUUUUCAUUAUCUUUAGAACAGAAUUUAAUGGAAAAACCCCAAGACCUAUUGAUACAUAUGGUUGAAAAUGAUUUUGAUUAUAUGGAAACUCAUCUUGAUAUUACAAAUUCUGCUAAUGUAUGGAAAAAAGAACAUGAACAUAAUGAAAGUGUGGAUGAAAUGUCAGAUUCAGAAAUUUCUACAUUUUCUAAAAUUGAUAGUAUUAAAGAAGAUUUUGCAAAAGUUCUUACAGAUUGGCAAGAACACAUUGGUUACUUACAGGCUUCAGACAUGGAUGAAUACAUGGAUAUUAUAGGAUUAAGCAUGAAUGGUACAGAUAAAAAAAAUUUUUGCACUGCAGAAAACAUAAUUCAGGAUGAACAAGCAAUACAUAGCUUAGAAUCUAAUUUGCUUAUAAUGAAACAAGAGGAGUUAGGGAAUGAAUCUUGUCUCUCAUCUUCUCAGGAGUACAUGACAGAAGGUAAUUUAUAUUAUAAAAUUGAUGACUUUAUGGAAAGUGAUAAUAACAAAAUAGAAAUAGAAACAAAAUCAUCAUUAAUAGAACCCAAACAUUCAAAAAGUCAAAACAAGUCAAAAAAGAAAAUACAUAAAUAUGAUAGUAUAGGAAAAGAUAUUAGUGCAAAUUUGUUUUUAAAGCAAAAAAAGAAAAGGGAAAGAAAAUGCUCACAGCACAAUGAAGAUAUACAAAAUGGUGGACAAGAUAAUAAUAAAACUACAAAUCAAUUACCAGUUCUGGAAGCUGGAGAUGUUAAGAGUUUACUUGAACAAUUUGAAGCUUCCGAAAGCACUUUGGUAUCAACUUAUUCAUCUGCUGGAACGAAUGCAGAAUAUGAGACAGAUUCAUUUAUGAAAUCUAAUGAAAUACAGCAAUGUAUAAAACAGCCUCAAAUUUCAAACUUACAUAAAGAUAUUAGAGAUGCUUUACCCAAAGAAGUCAUCGAAAAGAUAAAGACAUCUGCACGUAAAAAGAUGAUUUCAGUAAUACCUGCAAUGUCUAGUAAUCAAAAUAAUGGUCACAGUAAUGGAACACGUAUGCAAGAUGCUGCUGCAUCACUUUUUCGAAACAAGCUAUUGAAAAUAGUGACAAAUAAUACUAAGAGUAAAACCAUCGAUGGUGGAUUAGUUCAAUUGGAUCAUGAUUAUUGUAGUAUGAAUUCCUGUAUUAAAGGUUUAGAUAAUAACAGUGAACAUGAGAAACAGUCUAGUGACAGCGAAAAAGUGAUUACUAUUAAGAAUGACAAUCAAGAUGUAUCUCAUUAUUACACAGCAUAUGAAAAAGAAUCAUUUUCAUCAGAUUUGAAUAAAAGUUUCAUGAAAAAUACAGAAUAUUCAACUGACAGCAAUUCAAAGAAGGAUAGUGGUUUGGAAUCAGGUGAAGUAAGUGAUAAUAAUGAAGAGCAGUCAGGAGUUACAACAGUUCGUGAUAUUCAAGAUAAUAAACCUAUAAAACAACUGCAAAAUGAAACAAAGAUUUGUAGAAAAGAAACAUUAGCAAGCAAGGGAAAUUGUCAACAAAUUAAUAUUUCAAGCAAUACUACCAGUUGUGUUAUUUCUCAAAAUGAAAGUGCAUCUACAAGUAAUGCAAUACCUCAGAUGAAAAUACAUUCAGCUCUAGCAGCAAAUAUUUUGCAGAUACGACAAGGUGUCUUAAGUAAAACAAAAUCUAUAAAAGCAGGAAGUCAAAGAACGAAACAAAUGGUUUCUGUAUUAAAAAAACCACUAAAUGUACAAGUACCCAUUGUAAAGACUAUUUCCAAUGAAAAUAUAGUAACUACUACUAAUAGUUUACAUGAUAAAGUACAGAAUAUAAUCGUCCAAGAUAGCGAAAAGACAUUUACAAAGGAGGAAGAAAAAAAACCUCCCCGUAAAAAAUUAAAUCUAGCAGAAUAUAGAAGUAGAAGAGAACAGAAUCGCAGUGAUAAUAGUAGAACAAAUUCACCAUUGCAACCUAUGACAUUAGUAUAUAUCCAUCAUGCUUCCACUACAACGGAACCUAUUAAGGAUGACCCUAAAAAUUUAAUUUGGUCAGAAAGAGAAAUUGUCUCAGUUUUAAAACCAAAAUUAGAUGUAGAAGAGAAAACGGUUCGUCCAAAACCACUCACUUAUGACAUAGGAAUUCAAACUUAUGAAACAGUGUUUGAAUUUCCUCCAAAAUCUUUAAUAGAUGUUGAUGAGAGACACAAGCAACGAAGGGAUAAUAAUGUACGGGAUAAAAAUCAACGAUCUAAUAAAAAGCACGGAAUUGGUUCCAACUCAAAUCGAUCUAAGUCAAGAAGUAAAAGUAAAAGCAAGAGUAGAAGCAGAAGCAGAAGUAGUAGCAAUCGAAGUAGUAGCAAUCGAAGUAGAUCUCAUAAACGAAGUAAUACACGUCAUCGAAGAAUAAGUCAUCGGCGUAGCUCCGUGAGCUCAAGCAGUAGUUGGUCAUCGCGUUCACAUUCACGUUCGCGUUCAUGUUCGAGUUCACGUUCGCGUUCACGUCCGCGUUCACGCUCACGUUCGCGUUCACAUUUCCGUUGUCGCUCACGUUCAGAUACGAGAUCUUCUUUCAGUUCAGAAUCAAGAUAUUCACGAUCACGUUCUAGAUCGACUAGAUCAAGAUCCCAAUCAUCCUCUCGAUAUUCUAGUUGUUCCAGAUCUUCAUCUCGUUCGAAUUUCGGAAGAAUUAAAUGGUCAAAAAGGAGAAGAAGACGAGACAGGAGACACUAUAUAAGUUACGAUAGGCAUAGACAACAUUCUGCAGGAAGUUAUCAUAGCUACAGAGAUUGGAGAAGAUCACCACCAACUUCAUACCGCCGAUCUUAUGAUAAUUGGUAUGACCGAGAGAAACAGAAACAAGUGGAAGAGAGAAGAGUGAUUUACGUUGGGCGCUUGGAUGAAGCAAUCACUAAAGCUGACUUACGUAGAAGAUUUGAAACUUUUGGUCCUGUAGUAGAUAUUAGUAUACAUUUCCGCGAACAUGGUGACAAUUACGGUUUUGUAACCUUUGCUUAUAAAAAUGACGCAUAUGAAGCUGUAGAACAUGGUAAUGAUGAUCCCACUUUACCUAGAUAUGAUUUAUGUUUUGGAGGUCGUCGGGCUUUUUGCAAAGUAAAAUACGCUGAUCUUGAUGGCAUGGCAAGCAGUUCACUUAAUAGCGGGCACAUGUUACAAAAUAGUGAAGAUAACACAUUUGAUCUAUUAUUAAAAGAAGCGAAAGCGAAAUUACGUAAAAGAAAGGUUUGACAUAUGUACUAUUUGUUAGUUAUAAAUGUAAUUUAAAAAAUUAGCACAGAGAUGUCGUCACUGAUGAUAUUUGAAAUAAAAUUAAGCGAAGAGAUCUAUACUGGUAUUUUCCAUUAACAGAAAUAUAGUAAAAGUUAUAUAAUUGUUAUAGACUAUAAAUAACUGUUGCAAUGUGACAUCUAUAAUAAAAGUAACAGUUAACUGCUGUAUUUUUUGAAUUAAUUGAAGAUAUCAGUAGCAGACAUAUGUAUAGAAUAUUUCUUUAAUCUAUUUUGAUAUUUUCAAUAAUAAUGAAAGUAUUAGAUCUUUUCUAUAUGAAAGUCUGUUUAGUUAAAAAUAUAUAACUCUUAUAGAUUUAUUGUACUCACAGUUUUUAUAAAUAAUUUAUUGAAGCUAACACAAUAUUAAUUACAAGAUUUCUGAUAUAGGAGCAUUUAAGUUAAACGAAAAAAAUUGUAAUUUAAAUAAUUUUAACUUUGAACGUAUGAAUCAUAGUAAUCAUACAUAUUAGUUUAAAGCUACUUUUUAAGUAGAAAAGGAAAUGUAUUUUCCUCGUCUUCGAUACAAAUAUUAUGCAUUAAUCGAGAUGAAAUGCAUUAUGGAAACUUAAGAACAUCUUUAUUAUAUUUACUAAACUGUUUGUAUGUUUGCAUAGAAAAAUGUAGUAACAAAAAAAUAACAAUCUGAUAAUACAUUUAUCCUAUCUUAUAAUGGCUAUAAUUUCUUUAAGCAAUUAAAGGUACGUUUAAUGAUUGUAUAACAUGGAAUAUAUGCAUAUUUAAAUUUGCUGGAUAAAUAUAUAAUAUGGAAUACAUAUGUGCAUAUUUAAAUUUGCUUCGCUUACUUACAAUUUGAUAUAUAGAUAAAUUGAGUUCCAUAUAUCUUCAAAUUAAAAUUUUUAUUCAUAUAUUAUCGUACAAAUUGUUAACUGUAUUAUCACUUUUUACCUUUAAAUGUUAUAAAUUCGCAAUAAACUUUUAUCACAUAUGUUUUUAUUUUUAUAUGAAGAGUAACAUGGAAUUAAAAAAAUAGUAUUAUUCUGACAUUUAUUACAUUUUUUUUUCAACAUUUAUCUGUUUGUUAGUUUUUUUUUAUUAAUAUAAUGUAGAAUUCCUAGUAUGGUGUAUUUAUAUAAACAUAAUUUAAAGGUAAGAAAUGAACACAUUUAUUAUAGAUUUUCAAGUAAAUAUAUUUUAUUUCAAGUCCAAAUUAAUGAUGCCGAAUUGAAAAGAAGCAAAUUGAAAAUAUUUAUCCCUAAUUUUAGGAACUAUAAUUUCUUUUACAGUAAAAUAUCAAUUUCUAUAAAUUGUAGUAAGUUUUAUUAAAUGUAUGUAUUGCUCAUGCUGACUGGAGAUUAACAUUUAGUUAGCUUAUUUUAUCAAUAUAAUUGUUUAUCUUACUUAAUUAUCAAUGUAGAAUAAUAUAAUAAAUGAAUCACAAUUUAAAAUA